AGAGAGAGAGAGAGAGAGAGAGAGAGAGAGAUGUAUAUGCUGGUGAAUUGCUCGAAUUGCCACACACCUCUGCAACUCCCACCGGGUGCAAAGUCAAUUCGAUGCGCGAUAUGCCAAGCCGUCACCCACAUAGCCGAACCAAGAAAUGCUCCUCCUCCUUCUACCAAUACAUAUCCUCCGCCUUCUUCUUCUUCAGUUGUUCCCUCCCCUAAUCACUACGCCCCUGUUCCCCCCUCUUCUCACGGUCGCAAAAAGGCGGUGAUUUGCGGGAUUUCGUAUCGAUACUCUCGACAUGAGCUUAAGGGUUGUAUUAAUGAUGCAAAGUGCAUGAAGUAUCUCCUUAUUAAUAAAUUCAAGUUCCCUGAAUCUUCAAUCAUUAACCUUACUGAAGAUGAAAGAGAUCCUUACAAGAUACCCACAAAGCAAAAUAUACGGAUGGCGAUGUAUUGGCUUGUACAAGGUUGUCAACCAGGGGACUCCUUAGUAUUCCAUUACUCUGGCCAUGGUUCACAACAAAGGAAUUACAGUGGAGAUGAGGUUGAUGGCUAUGAUGAAACCCUCUGCCCUUUGGACUUCGAAACUCAAGGCAUGAUCGUUGAUGAUGAAAUCAAUGCAACAAUGGUUAGACCUUUACCCCGUGGGGUUAAACUUCAUGCAAUUAUAGAUGCAUGUCACAGUGGCACUGUAUUAGACUUACCUUUCCUCUGCAGAAUGAACAGUAGCGGACAAUAUAUUUGGGAAGACCAUCGCCCUAGAUCAGGUGUGUGGAAAGGAACAAACGGUGGGGAAGCCAUUUCCUUUAGUGGUUGUGAUGAUCAUCAAACCUCUGCAGACACCUCGGCUCUCUCGAAGAUCACAUCCACUGGGGCCAUGACUUACUGUUUCAUCCAAGCUAUUGAGCGUGGUGCUGGAGCAACAUAUGGGAGUAUCUUGACUUCUAUGCGCGCAACCAUACGUGAGACUCGCAGUGGAGGCAUGGGCGGUGGUGGGCCUGUGACAUCUCUCAUCACCAUGCUUUUGACUGGUGGUAGCCUCAGCGUUGGUGGGUUGUCACAGGAACCGCAGUUGACAUCUUGUGAACCAUUCGAUGUAUAUUCAAAGCCAUUCUCCCUUUGACUCAUUUGGAUCAAUACUCUAGUGAAGCCAUCUUAUUAGUUGCUGGUUGCUGGCUGCUGGCUUGUUGGGGUUUUUAGAGCUUGUCUACGCUUCAUUAUCUUUUGUUAAACUCCUUAUGAUCUUCUAUUAUAUAUGGGGUUCUUCAUUGCA